CCACCCGCGAGCGAGGAAGGACACAUUGUAGAGAGACGAGCCGCGGCGCGUCGAGGAGAAGCCCCCGCGCGCUUUUCCCCCAAAACCCGCUGCGCACCCAGCCAGCGACUGAUCUGGACUUAAUUAUUGGGGCUGCGUAACAACAACAACAACAAGGAGGAGGACGCAAUCAUCAGGAGAACAGGAGCAACCCCAAUAAUUGGAAAAUGUCCGGAUUCGCAACGGCGGGUCUCGCGGCCUUCGAUUCCCUGAAGAGCAAAGCCUCUCAGAAACUUUCCGGCAUAAGAAGACCGACCAGCAAUGCGGGCUACGAGGAGUUCGAGAUGCCGAGCGAGCACAUGAAGGAGAACCAGGCGUUCGAGGGCGAGAGGGGCGGUCUGAGCAGGCAGGGCACCCUGGACUCGCUGCCGGAGCCGGAGCGACCGCCCUUGCGACACAUCGACACCUACUGCAUGCCCGAGUGCCCCUGCCUGUCCAAGAGGUACACCAUCGCCCUGCUGGCCUGCAUCGGCUUCAUAAUCUCCUUCGGCAUGAGGUGCAACAUGGGCAUGGCCAAGCUCAAGAUGAGCAACGACUCGGAGAACGUGUUCAACUGGACGAUCGCGACGCAGAGCGCGGUCGACUCGUCGUUCUUCUGGGGCUACCUGGUGACGCAGGUGCCCGGGGGCUUUCUCGCCUCGCUCUACCCGGCCAACAGGAUAUUCGGCCUCGCCAUCGUCGUUUCCUCCUUUCUCAAUCUCCUCGUGCCUGGGGCCAUCAGCGCCAGUCCCAUCGUCGACAUGGUGGUCCAAGUCUGCAAGGGAUUAGUCGAAGGUGUCACGUAUCCGGCGUGUCACGGCAUAUGGAAAUACUGGGCGCCGCCCCUCGAAAGAUCGCGACUCGCGACCCUCGCCUUCUGCGGCUCCUACGCCGCCGUCGUCAUCGGAAUGCCGCUGUCCGGUGUGCUGAGUAACUGGCUCGGCUGGACCGCCUCGUUCUACUUUUACGGUGUCUUCGGGAUGAUCUGGUACUGCUUCUGGCUGUGGUUGUCGUUCGAGAAGCCCUCGAAGCAUCCGUGCAUCUCGGCGAAGGAGCUGCGCUACAUAGAGGACUCGCUGGGCCAGGCGCAGGCGAACCAAGCGAUGCCGACCUUCUCGACGACGCCCUGGCGGAAGUUCCUCACCUCGAUGCCCGUCUACGCCAUCAUAGUGGCGAACUUCUGCAGGUCCUGGAACUUCUACCUGCUGGUGCUCUUUCAAGCUCGCUUCAUGCACGAGGCCUUCGGCAUGCCCGUGGUCGAGACGGGCAUACUGGGCUCGCUGCCCCACCUGCUGAUGACGCUGAUAGUGCCGUGCGGUGGUCUGCUGGCGGAUCACCUGCGCAAGCGCGGCAUCAUGUCGACGACCAACGUGCGCAAGCUCUUCAACUGCGGCGGCUUCGGCAUGGAGGCCCUCUUCUUCCUGGUCGUGGCCAAGUGCACGACCAGCCGCAACGGGGCCGGGGCGACGAUGGCCCUGACCGUCGGGGUGGCCUGCAGCGGCUUCGCCAUCUCGGGCUUCAACGUCAACCACCUCGACAUCGCGCCGCGCUACGCGAGUAUCCUCAUGGGCAUGUCCAACGGCAUCGGCACCAUCGCCGGCCUCCUCGUGCCGAUCUUCGUCGACAACAUCACCAGACACAAGGACCCCCACAGCUGGCGCAAUGUCUUCAUCAUGGCGGCCUGCGUGCACUUCGUCGGAGUCACCUUCUACGCGAUAUUCUGCAGCGGCGAGCUGCAGCCCUGGGCCGACCCGGUCGACGAGAAGACCAGCUGGAACCCGCUGGACGAGCUCAGCCAGACCAAGCCUCCGGUGCCCCCGCCGCCGCAGGUCACGCAGACCCAGUUCAUCAAACAACCGUCGCUGGGCGAGGAUCCAGCCCAGAGCUACAACUACGCCCAGCAGGCGCCGUACCAGGAGCCGCCGCAGUACCAGCCGCCGGUGAACGAGUACCAGCAGCAGCAGGAGCCGAUAGGCGCGGGCCAGGCCCCCAGUUACGGAGCGACCGAGAGCACCGCCGGAAACCCCUUCGUCUCGACGAAUCCGUUCGCCAGCGGAGCCAUAAACGCCAGCUACGUCCAGCCAGCAGCGAGAGACGACUACGCGCACGACGUCAUGCAGGACCAGCAGCAGCAGCAGCAGCAGUGGCAGUGAAGGGGACCCACGUAAGAUUGGUAAUCUGGACCAAGCUCUUUUCCUUUCAAUCUUGCUCUCUUGCUUUGGAAUUUUUCGAUCAGAUUUUGUGUUUCGUGAUGGGAGGAUUCGUUUAAGAUAUAUGAAUAUGUAGUUAGUAAUAACAUUAACACAGUAAUAAUGAGGUACAAGAUCUUUUAACAUAUCGAUGGGUGCUGGAACAGUAUAUAGAAACACUCGUAGCAAUUUAAUCCUCCUCUGACGAAUCUGUCAAUUUCAACGACGAUGUAUGAAACUUGGUCGCAAACUUUGUCCAGAUUACUAAAUUUCACGAAUUAUAGUUGAUCCGACUGAAUUCGCUUGGGAAGUGUAGGUACUUAAACACGACGGCACAGGGACGAAAGAGAAGAAUAGCGGGGAAUCAAAUUUAAAAUAAAUAACGAGGAAUAUAUUACUCUGACAUAAUACCUAAGAGGGCAGGUGACAGGGCUGCUUGAAAAUUGAAAUUGAAAGUAUAAAGUCACGUACUGGCGUGUGACGCAGUGCGAUUUUGCAAAAUUUACUAUGACGUGCGCUUAGACGAUUCGACGAGUAUUUUUUUCUAUGCGAAACGCAAUUUUUGAAAAUGGCCAUAUUAAAUACUAAGUCGAUGUACUGAUACUACUCAAGAUUGAAAGUAACAAACGAAAUGAAAGUAUAGAUUUAUAAGUUUAAGCAAGACGAGGGUGGGUACUAUUAUACGAUUUAUACACUGAUAUAUACUUUAUUUUCCGUCUGACAGAUUUUUCAUAUACUUUUAAAAACGAGACAAUACAUUCUGCCCAAGUGCUCCACAUAGAGCCUGAUCAAAGUACUUAUAUUUUAUAAAAAGAAAUUACAAAAGUCGUAUAAGACAUGCGAAAAUUGCACUUUUUAAACGUUGCACGAUACGAUAUAAGAAAUUAUGCAAAGACAAUAAUUCACAAAUCGAUGCCAUAUGAACAAUUUCUUUUUUUAAACCGCACACUAACAAAAAUACGUUCGGCCGACAAUAAACGACUAUAACAACCGAACAGCACGUAAAGUUUGACGCACUGCACGGAAUGCACCUUGACCCGAAACGUUAUAGGAGGACAAUAUUUAGCCUUCUGCAACGCGCGGGUUGAUAAUAAUUGCACUCGUGAAAAAUUCGCACCGUCGAGGAUUAUUUAACUCGUUUUUGCACUGAAUAACCGACAAAGAUGCUGCAAAAGCCUUAAAAAAUAAAAAAAAAUAAACGAGCGGACAAUAAACCGAAGGACGAGGUGGAUCGAUUCGGCGGUGGACCAAGAGCCACAUCGGGAGAGCAGCGCCGUUGGCUGCGACUUUUAGGUAUAUUCCUCGACUCGCUCGUGCGCGCGCGAACUGAAAAUCGAUUGGAAAAUACAAAACCCAGCAAUAAGGCGGACGAUGUCGUUAUCGAGCGGAGAAAAAUCGCGCGAGCUACACGUACGACGAAGAAGUGGGGGAUAAAAUGAAAAAACUCGAGACGAAUGAAGAGGAAACGUGUGAAAGCUCAUGGGUACCUUAUGGGAUAUCGCAACAGUGGAUCACGAGAGUCAUAUUUCACGUUUUAGCGGAAGUUUGAGGAAAGAUUGUAAUAGAUAUAUUAUUAUAUAAAAUACAUAUGAAACACGUAUGUACACACGCACACACUAUCAUACAAGAUGGAAUAUUGAUGUUAUAUUGAAGGAUCCCUUUCGAGAAACUUGAGCGAAAAUGUUUUCACAAACGCGAGCAUCCUCGGGUCCGAUGUAGGAGAUAUUAGACAUUCGAGGAAAAUGAAAAGUAGCGAAAGUUGUGUGGGCGCCGCGAACAAUAAAUGAAAGUAUAUGUAGGAAAGUAGAUUUUUCGUUAAAACACAUUUUUGGCAACGUUUUCUCGACGGGGAUUUGUUGAGUCUCGAGAGAAUUUAAGCUAAGUUAUUAAAGUAAAAUGUUUAAGAAAAAAGAGCAUACAAAACACAUGAAAGUAUCAAAGAAAGUAUAUUACGAUCGCGCGACGUCACUAUUCAUAUGUAUCGAGUCGACACGAUACAACUAUAUACCUAUACUAAAUAUUAUAUUCGCGAAGGAUAUAGGGAAACGACGAGAAGGGAAGCAAAAUCAUCCUCAUGAAAGUACAUGAGCAUAAUAUGUGAAAGAUAUAUUAGAGAAACAAAUUGUAGCGGAACAUUUCGAACGGCCCCGCGUAGUUUCCGUUGUUCGAGUAUAUAGGU